AUGAAGCUUUUCUCCGGCAUCCUCGCUCUUUGCGCCGUGAUGGUCAUUUUCAUCGCCACUGUCAAGGCCGACGAGUGCAAAUGCCCCAAUGGUUCACGCUGCUGUGGUAAUUCCUCACACGAAGGUUUCGAGAAGGCCUUCAAGGAUGAUGGCACGGACUGA